AUGGGUCCUAAAGGUGACAUUGUGGCAAAAUUCGUAAUCGUUAGAUCUCGUAAAGGUAAAGCUGGAAAUUAUACUGGUGCCUCAUGCCAAAUGGAAUCUGUUGCCGCUGAUCAGGCUCUUCAAAUUUUGGAAGAUACGGUGGGAAAAGGUAUUGUUGACGGUUUUUGCCAUGAUAGGGAUAAUAAAUCCCGUAAUAUUGUUCAUAAGCAUUUUCCUGAUGCUGUUGAGUAUCAAGAUGGCUUCCAUUGCAAAAAGAAAUUCGAAUUGUGCUGGAAACGUCUUACUUCUAAUGAGUAUGCAAAAAGUGACAUGCCUAUCGUCGACUCAAAAAUUUUUCAUGGUAUCAAAAACAGACUCAAAAUAUUCUUUAAUACUUUAUUGUAUAAGCAUAUUUCCAAAGAACAGAAGCUAUUUUAUUGGCUCCACGCCGUAGAUCAUCUAAUUGGAAACCAUUCACCAGAAUAUUGUUUACAUUCCACAAAAGAUGAAGAAAAAGAACAUUUUAUAUGGACAGCUGGACUUGAAAACGAAAAUGCAAGAAAUCAUCUACUCGAAUUUUUAAAAGAUUCCGGAUCAGUUUUUCAAAUUGUUAAUCCGGAUUAUGCAACUCAUAUAAAUGAGUCAUAUAAUGCUCGAUCAUGCCGUUUUAAUCCAAAACAUACAAAUUAUCUCAGUUCAUAUGAAGGCAGAACAGAUAUUGCUACAAUUUACCACAAUGAAGGAUAUCAAGGAUUACUUGAACUACGUAAUUUAUCAGGAAUUAAGCCAAUUCAUCCUAUCCUUCGGGAUUCUCUUAUUGAAGAGCACAAAGAAAAAAAGUUGCGCUCGGAACGAGAAAAGACAGAAGAAUAUCGAUCUGCGCGCUCAGAAAGACGAAAGGCAAGAAAAUUGAUUGUAAAAGGAAAAGGAGAUUACGGAAAUGGACAAGAUGAAGAAAUAAUUUCAAAUGAAUCACAAAAUUCUUCAGAAAUUCCAAAGUAUGUAAUUGCUGAAAUGCCUCAAGAAAAGAGGGAACCGUUUCCAUUACCUCAAAUUCAUGGUUUUCAAGAAUAA